CAUUGUACGCCGUGCCGACCGUGCUCAAUGCUCAACAAACAUUGCGUUGUGUGUGAACCAGCGUGAACCAACGUAAACGAAGCGCUGAGCUAGAACGUGUGUGUAAAGUGUGUGCAUCGCCGCUUUCCACUGCGAAUUUCGGCGCAACGCAAUUAGAAGACGCAAUAGACAAGACACGUAGCUGAAGAAGUCGAGCUGCGCGCAUCUGUGUAUCUAAAAACAACGAUCGCCAACAAAACAAGUGAAUCGCAUUUCGCUCUCGAACUUUACCAUCAUCUCUACCUUGUGCGUUGUCAUAAUACAACCUACAACACACUCUGGGAUUGACGACCGACCGACCAGGAAAUUUCGUGUGCGCUGCGAACCUGCGCCCGUGGCCAAUUAACUAAUAACCAACACCGGUUGAAAAAAACUAAACUUAACUAAACAUACACAAAUUUGUGUAGAAUUUUGUCGGUACAAACAGUGUGCAGUGUCCAAAUGAUUGCGCAUUUAUGGCGAUACAACAAACACUUCAAUUCGGCGUUGUGCUUGCAAUAGCCGUGCAGCUUGGAAUCGUUGCGACUGCAGCAGCCAGCACCGAACUCGGUGGUUCGUAUGUCGCACACGAUGCCGAAGAAUAUUUUGUGGUUCGUGGGCACACAGCACGAUUAGAAUGCGAUUUGGAGACAUUUUGGACGCGCGCCUCGCUUUCCUCUCCGACAGGGACAGUCCAAGCUCGAUGGCUGCUCAAAGGCGCGCCUCUAAGCAGGGACGACGGCCGCUGGAAGCUCUACAAGAAUGGUACGCUCGUCUUGCUCAAACUAGGGAAAAGACUGAACGCCACCAACGCCGAAGGGGUUUAUCAAUGCCUCGCCGAACAUCAGCGCUACGGCGCUGUUUUGAUCAAAACUGUCAAUCUUAAAAUAGCAUAUUUAAAAGAAUUUCGUCACCAACCUGAUGACAUGCAGGCGCUCGAAGGGCAACCGAUUAUUGUACCGUGUAGUAUUAAUUCACUUCCGAAAGCUGCCGUUCAAUGGGAGCGCGAUGGAGUUCCGCUACCUCAAAACAAAAGAUAUGUUCCUCUACCUACGGGCUCACUACUCAUAACAAAUGUACAUUCCACGGACGUUGGUUCUUACAGGUGCAAAGUAGUUAAUACUAUACUUAAAAAGAACAAAAAGUCUCAAGCCGGUUACCUUUCGGUCGCAAGCAACCUUCCAGGCGCACCAGCAACGGGGAUAAUACCCCUCGACGAGCAACCCAAUAUCACUAGCGUUGUUGGUGACGAUGUCACAUUGUAUUGUAUCACUAAUGGAACGCGCCAACCACAUAUUCAUUGGUUUAAUGGCAAGGACAUUAUGGUAUCAAACAACAGUAUUUUUACUAUACAUAACAUCACCCGCCAACAGGGUGGUAGCUACACCUGCUUAGUUUCCGCGCCUGAGGGCAGCUUAAAAAAGAUAUACCACAUUAAUGUUCAUCAGGCACCAGUGUUCAACAGUACACCAUCUUCCGGCAUUUAUGUGUUGGCAAAAAAUAUCCGUUUGAAUUGUACAGCAUCAGGAGUGCCCGCCCCCAAAAUUAAAUGGUUCAAAAACGGACGCGCAUUUGAAGUUGAAUCACACAUUCGGACAAGACAAUUCGACUGGGGGUUACUGAUCAGUUCGCCAACGGCCUCCGACAGUGGUGUUUACCAGUGUUUAGCUGAAAAUCAGGUUGGGAGUGCAUGGACUGGCGCUUCUGUAAGAUUAAACUCGUCUAGCAAUACUCCUCGCAAACCAUGGGAUAUUAAUUGUUUACCGUAUGAAGCUGAAAGCAUGUGUCUUCGAUGGACAGCAGAGCCUAAUGUGGUGGCAUAUACUGUCAUAGCUCACAAAACAGAACCUGGGGUUGCAUCUGAACCUCUUCGAGACUUCGUUGGGAAUGAAAGUUUUAAGUUGGUCGAACAUUUGCAUCCAAACACCCAGUAUACUUUCCUGAUCCGAACUUACCUGAGACAGGCGAGUGACGAGUUUGCAAACGUGACUUGCAACACCGGUGUGCGAGGGAUGCGAAACUUGGCUGUUAAAUUAAACACUGCCAGUUCUGUUACGUUACACUGGGAGGCUAUGAGCAGUGAUUUCAAUCCCUGCAAUGAAACUACACACUACUAUCAGGUUCAAUGGAGGAAAAUUACGUCGGAUGGUGUUAACUCUAUGGAUGUUACAGGUUUUCAUGUGGAUAUAAUAGGAUUAAUCUCUGGAGAAAAAUACGAAUUUCGUGUGAGAUCAAUAAAUUCCACUCGGGCAUUCGACGUCGUAAAAUACUCAAUGCCCGAUCAGAACGAGUUGGUUGCAAAACCAGGUGAGGGCAACCAUCUUAAUAGCGUCUACAAUGAAACAUCUGACGGGACUCCGACUCCACCGCUUCAGAUCAACGCGAAUGUGCUCACUGCAAACAGUAUUAAUAUUUCCUGGACAGACAUGAACCCGUUGAAAACAUCGUAUACUUUGUGCUACGUUCAACAGGACGUUCGCAGCAAUUGCGAAGUCAAUGGCAAAAUCAUCGAAGAUUUUGAUUCGACUGGCAAGACUGUACUAUUGGAUAAUUUACGCCCGAGAACUAACUACGAGGUGAGACUGCAGGCGCAUUUGGGCGAACAAUCGAGUUUAUUUUCGCACUCAUUUUUUAUAUCAACUCCGUCCGAUGUACCAAGCGAAGUACAGGGGCUCGAAUAUAAAGUAUUAACACGCACGUCAGCAUGCGUCAAGUGGGCACCUCCAUCGCAUUCAAAUGGCAGAAUCAUAAAAUAUUCUGUCCGACAUUCGAUGAAUUUGAGUCUUUCGGUAGAAAAUUGGAUUCAAAGUAGUAUCCUUAUGCCACGCAGUAAUGAUGGUUGCUGGGAUUACGAUUCCGACGAAAUCGUAAUUUCCACCGUUCUUCAUGGUCUGGAUCCGGAUCAGUCGUACUACGUAAAAGUUUUUGCUGUGAACGAUGCAGGAGACGGAAGCAUCACGAAACCGCUCACGAUCAACACCAAAUAUCCGUUUGAUGGUGGCUUUGUGGCUCACGAUGAAAUUGAGGGUAGAAAAGCGACUCAAAAUGACAUUUACUUUAGGCAGGGUGUUGGUAUUGCCAUAGGUAUUGGGAUAGCAUUUAUUGGCAUAUUUGCUUGUUUCGGAACGUUUAUCAUCUUUAAAUAUCUCAAACGACGGAUGUUGUCAAAUCGAAGGUUUGCUCAGAAUGGGGGAUCUGCGACCAGGCCCAAACAAGUCAACGGCCAACGCUGUCACAAUGCUCACGAAUUGCAACAGUUGGUAGAAUCUAACGGAAACGGUCAUAUUUCAAUGCUACCGACAACUAUUCUGGACACGAAGGGUGGUGCAGAAUAUCCAAAUGGUAUUUACUUGAACGGGCACGCCACGAAUUUAAGAAUUACAGAAAAUCCUCAAUACUAUAAGAAAGCUAAAAAACAGGUUGAUGAAUUGAGCACGUUACAUAGCAGUGACCGAGAGUAUGAAGAAGAUUCCAAUUCGAAUCUGCAAAAGGUGUGCCCGAUAACAAAGUCAGGAUGUGCGAAUGGCAAUGGCACACUAAAAACAAACGGUGUCGACACGAAUUACACCUUGAAUUCGACACAAUCCACAGUUUUACUAAAUGAUUCUGUUUCAUCCGCGUCAUCGCUUCGACAACCCACGCUCGAACCGAAUGGUUGAAGCACAGGGCGACUGUAAACGUAUAUAUAGAACAAUUGAAAGUGGACAGAAAGAAACAAUCAAACGUGGCGGGUCGAGCAAUUGCAGCUAUAAACGAUGAAAAAACGACUGAGCAGUAUUUCAAUGUUGAUAUUGAUAAUAAGUUAAUGAUUUGCCUCGUGCAGUAGCUUUAAACAUUUACAAGUUGUUUUGUUUCAAUUUUUAUUACGAAAACUGGUGGCUAUGGUUCUAUGUUUUGGUUAUAAGUUAACUGUUAGUUUAUUUACUAUUUUACCACACACACAAACUUGAAACUUUACCGAACUGCCAAAAAUAGUUUGCAAGAUGAAAAGAACAGCACAAACAGCUGUACAUACAAUAUUAUUAGCAUAAAAUAUCCCAGUACCUGAAUUAAGAAUUAAUUAAUGACUAUGAUAACUGGUAUUACAGCGUGUAGAUUAGUUAGGUGUUAGGCGACGAUCCAUUUAAUGUUUGUACAUACAUAAUUAUCGUAAAACACAAGACAAGGUUUGAAAAUCAUGAAAAAUGACAAGACUGGUAGGAAUGAAUUUUAUCAUCAAUACAUCGAAUAUUUCAAAUUUACAAAAACAAAACAGCACUUGGAUGAUACAUUUUACAUUUAAUGAAUGGUUAAUGUUUUGAAAAUUAUUGACAUGAAUGUUUGAUGUAACUUCUUGGAAAUGACUUCAUACUUUCGAUUCAAUUUAUUACCAUGCGACACAAACCAAUACGAAAAAACUUUCGAUAAAUUUCGGACGUGCUUGAAUUUUUAUGAAAUAUUCACACUCUUAAAACCUGUGCCUUUCUCGUACAAAAACACAACAAACAAAACUGACUUUUUUUACAACGACGAUUGUUAAGUUACCAAUUUUUUAUAGUUUGUCGCUCUCUGCUGCGCGAAAUAUUCGUUACAUUCCUCUCUCGACUUGAGGGUUGAGGGCUUAUCUGUUACCAAACUUCAGUCUUACUUAAAAGUUGCACACGUAAAGCAAAAGUACAUUCCGCACGUUAGUUUUAUCCGGUUUACCACGAUACAAAAUAUCUACCUCGAUUUUGCAACUACCCACAUACGCACGUACACACUGUCGAGAACUUUGGAACUUUCCUGUAUUUGUACAAACGAAUAAUUUUUAAGUUUUUUUAUAUAUGUAUAUUUACGUUUUAUUCUCAGGGUGUCUUAUUACCGCUAACUACUUAGUUCUUUUUAUGUUGUUGCACGAAGUGUAAACCACUAAACCAAAUCAAACAACCAGACAAAGAUCACAACAGAAGCUCCUUACAUGUUGAAUGUUUAACUAGAGUGUGUGUAUUAUAUUUGAGAGGGGAAACUGAGUUUACAAAGUUUUUAGUUCCAAUUUUUGUUAAUAUUAUUUACAAGCCGCAAACUUAUUGAACUUGAAAGAAAAAUUGUGUUUUUAUUUUAUUUGCAGUAAGAUUUUAUAUUGUAUUUGGAACCAACCUGUUAAUUAUUUAUACAAUGUAUAAUUAUAUUGUACAUAAUGCAAAAAAAGUGUAAUUGAUUGUUUUUA